CCGUACCUACUUACUAAAGCGUCACGAGUUGAGUGACCAUCAUCAUCAUCAUAUGAGGCGCCGCGGGGGAAAAUGCCUUUUGACUGAAUUCAUGAGCUGAGACAACAUCUUUUUGGCGACGCCGGUGUGCCACGAUGGCCAACAUCACGAAGAAAGUGUCGUGGUCGAGCCGGGGCGACGAAGGGACGCCGCUGUUAAAUGGCUCUGAGACGCGCCGACACUCCAAAGAGUCAUCUGCUGGAGGCGCCGUGUUUCAAAUAGGCAGACUGAGCACGGUGGAUUUGGAAGAGGAGAUGAUGUCUGAUGAGGAUUCUGUGCGGGGUCGUCCCAAAGAAAUCCCUCAUAAUGAGAAGCUGCUGUCACUCAAAUACGAGAGUCUCGACUACGACAACAUCGAGAACCAGUUGUUUUUAGAGGAAGAGAGGCGGAUGAGUUACAUGGGUUUUCGAUGUUUGGAGAUCAGUCGCUGGGUGGUCUGCGGCCUGAUUGGCUUUUUGACAGGCCUCAUUGCCUGUUUCAUCGACAUUGUGGUGGAGCAGCUGGCAGGAAUUAAAUACCAAGUUGUCAAAGAAAAUAUUGAAAGGUUUACAGAAGUGGGUGGCCUGUCCAUCUCUCUCAUCCUUUGGGCUGUCCUUAACUCCAUCUUUGUCAUGGUGGGCGCCAUCAUUGUUGCCUUUUUCGAGCCUAUAGCAGCAGGAAGUGGUAUUCCUCAAAUAAAAUGUUACCUGAAUGGAGUCAAGAUUCCUCGGGUGGUUCGACUCAAGACCCUGGUGGUGAAGGUGUGUGGCGUUAUCUGCUCUGUAGUGGGUGGACUUGCUGUUGGAAAGGAAGGUCCAAUGAUCCACUCUGGGGCAGUCGUAGCUGCUGGAGUCUCCCAAGGCCGAAGCACCUCUUUGAAAAGAGACUUUAAGAUUUUUGAAUACUUCCGGAGAGACACGGAAAAAAGGGACUUUGUUUCCGCCGGGGCUGCUGCCGGAGUCUCGGCUGCUUUUGGAGCACCAGUUGGUGGCGUACUAUUCUCUCUGGAAGAGGGAGCUUCCUUCUGGAACCAGAUGCUGACAUGGAGGAUCUUCUUUGCCUCCAUGAUCUCGACCUUCACCUUGAAUUUCUUCCUGAGUAUCUAUCACAAAAACCCCGGUGACCUUUCCAACCCCGGUCUCAUCAACUUUGGACGCUUCGAGAACGAUAGUGUGGCCUAUUACCUCUAUGAAAUCCCUUUGUUCAUCGCCAUGGGAGCAAUAGGUGGACUGCUGGGAGCUUUGUUCAAUGUUCUCAACUACUGGCUCACCAUCUUCAGGAUCAGGUACGUCCAUCGACCUUGUCUGCAAGUGAUGGAGGCCAUGUUGGUGGCUGCUGUGACCGCGACAGUGUCAUUCACCAUGAUUUACUUCUCCGAUGACUGUCAGCCUCUUGGGCCAGAGCACACGGAGGAGUACCCUCUGCAGUUGUUCUGUGCAGAUGGGGAGUAUAACUCCAUGGCAACAGCCUUCUUCAACACUCCAGAGAGAAGUGUCCGUAGCCUCUUCCACAACCAGCCAGGAUCCUACAACCCUCUGACACUGGGCGUGUUCACUCUUACAUAUUUCUUCCUGGCCUGUUGGACCUACGGCCUGACUGUGUCUGCUGGGGUCUUCAUCCCAUCUCUGCUCAUAGGAGCCGCCUGGGGACGCCUGUGUGGAAUUCUCCUGGCCACCAUUUCGGCCACUGGAUCGAUCUGGGCUGAUCCUGGUAAAUAUGCCUUGAUUGGAGCUGCAGCUCAGUUAGGGGGCAUUGUGAGGAUGACUCUCAGUUUGACUGUCAUCUUGGUGGAGGCUACAGGAAACGUCACAUACGGUCUUCCCAUCAUGCUUGUCUUGAUGACAGCAAAGAUUGUAGGAGACUACUUUGUGGAGGGCCUGUACGACAUCCACAUCAAGCUGCAGAGCAUUCCCUUCCUGCACUGGGAGGCUCCUGCCACCUCACACUGGCUAACAGCCAGAGAAGUGAUGAGUUCCCCCGUCACCUGUCUGAACAAAGUAGAGAAGGUGGGAACUAUUGUUGACACCCUGAGCAACACAUCCACCAAUCACAACGGUUUCCCUGUGGUGGUGCAAGGAGCCUCCAGUGAAGAGCCAGCGAAGCUCUGCGGCCUUAUUCUACGCUCCCAGCUCAUUGUUCUCCUCAAGCACAAGGUGUUUGUGGAGCUGGCGCGCUCUCGCUUGACCCAGAGGAAGCUCCAGCUGAAGGACUUCAGGGACGCCUACCCGCGCUUCCCCCCCAUUCAGAGCAUCCACGUGUCGCAGGAUGAGCGGGAGUGUAUGAUGGAUCUCUCUGAGUUUAUGACCGCUACGCCCUACACCGUCCCACAGGAUACAUCCCUUCCUCGUGUGUUUAAGCUCGUCAGAGCGCUUGGCCUCAGGCACCUGGUGGUGGUGGAUGACGAGAACCGGGUGGUCGGAUUGGUGACCAGGAAAGAUUUGGCCAGAUAUCACCUGGGGAAACACGGACUGGAGGAACUUCAGCUGGCCCAGACAUAGUACACACACACACACACACACACACACACACACACACACACACACACACACACACACACACUUCAAAAACCGUGCCAUAAAGCAUUCCCCUUCUCCGGCUUCUAACUAUCACAAGUGCCUAACGUGUUGGGUCACAGAAGAUCACCAUGACAACCAAACACAUCUACAAGCCAGGGGUAUCACCAAAGAGCCUCAGCGGAAGGUCUGGACUGCACCCUGAGUGAAAACUGAUAACUCACCCGUGUUUCGUCACCUGGUCCCAACAUUUUCAGCCCUCUGUUGCAGGAAGACCUUCCUAAGUUGAUCUGCAGAUGUUUGUGUUCAUUUUAACUUUCCCCAAUCGGACGGUACUGAAAAGACUUGUUUUGUCUCAGCAUGAACUGACCAGUUAUUUUUGUCGUUCACUUUCCCCCCCCCCCCCCCAUUAUUUUUGCACUGAAAGAAUGCUGUUAUUUAUUCCUGAUGUCGAAUACUUGUUUUAACCGAAUGUUCCCAGGAGAGAGGAUUUGGGUUUAUACCCCCUAACUUAAAGAUGUGUGUUUUUAAAGAAAGAUUAAACAUGUAUUGUUAUUUCCCAUAACUCUUCUUGAACUUUAAUGGUGAAUAUGUGUUGACUUUUAUUAUUUUUUAUCACCAACAAAUGUUUGCACUGUGGCUACUACUGAAGAGGAUCCACACGUCACACAGUAAAGGUAUGACGGCGUUAUAUUUAUAUUCUAUCACGUAAACCCUGCAGUGUGUCAUUGAUCAGUGUUACCUUAUUUGUUUUUACACGUCUGGGCCGGUCUGUUGAAUACUUGUCUAUGUUUAUAAAUAAAGCCCAUUACUUUGUUUUGUAAUCACUGGAUUAGUGAAAUAAAACAAGAUAUAUUGUAA